GUUUAUGUUGGGGGUCAGGAUAGUUCAAUGGAACUUGACAAGAUUACUUCAUUGCCUGGCCAACCUAAUGGCAUCAACUUUAACCAGUACUCAGGUUAUGUGACUGUUGAUCCUCAAGCCGGAAGAGCUUUGUUUUACUAUUUUGUUGAGUCACCUCAAAAUUCUUCAACCAAUCCUUUGGUUUUGUGGCUCAAUGGAGGACCUGGAUGUUCCUCACUUGGGAUUGGGGCUAUGACUGAAUUAGGACCCUUCAGAGUUAACAGCAAUGGCAAAACACUAUUUCAAAACGGCUAUGCAUGGAACAAUGUGGCAAACGUAAUCUUCUUGGAAUCUCCAGCUGGGGUUGGCUUUUCAUAUUCGAAUACCUCUUCAGACUAUGACCACACUGGUGAUAACACUACUGCAGCCGACGCCUAUACAUUUCUUGUAAACUGGCUGGAUAGGUUCCCUCAAUAUAAAACCAGGGAUUUUUUCAUCACUGGGGAAAGCUACGCCGGCCACUACGUUCCUCAGCUUGCUUACACGAUUCUGCAACACAAUAUGAACUCAAACCAAACCAUAAAUCUAAAAGGAAUUGCUAUUGGCAAUGGAGUUAUUAACUAUAUUACAGAUGAAAAGGGGGGUUUUGAUUAUGUAUGGACUCACGCUUUAAUCUCAGACGAAUCAUACAAAGGCAUAUACAAAUAUUGUGACUUAGAGAGCGGAAACUUUUCAGAUAAAUGUGAGGAUUAUUUGGAUAUGGCAUGGACUGAGAUGGGUGAUAUAGAUGAUUACAAUAUUUAUGCCCCUCUUUGCUGGGAUGUCCAAAUUUACACUGCCCAAGACAACAAUUCAAUUGGUUCACAGGUGAAGAAUUUUGAUCCCUGCUCAGACUUUUAUGUGGAGUCUUACCUGAAUAUUCCAGAGGUUCAAAACGCUCUUCAUGCAAACCAUACAAAAUGGCAGGGUUGCAGUGAUGUAAUUAGCGGAUGGGUCGAUUCGCCCCUUACUGUUCUACCAAUCAUCCAGAAUAUCAUAGCCAGCGGUGUACGAGUGUGGAUAUACAGUGGCGACGUAGACUCUGUUGUGCCAGUUACAUCGACUAGGUAUUCGAUAGCGGUUCUCAACCUUAAUGUCACGACUCCUUGGUAUGCAUGGUACACCAAUGGGGAGGUGGGAGGAUAUGCGGAGGCAUAUGACGGAUUAACAUUUGUGACAGUGAGAGGAGCUGGACAUAUGGUUCCAAGCUACCAACCAGAGCGCGCACUCACCAUGUUUUCAUCAUUCCUUCGAGGAGUUCUCCCUCCUUCAAAAUGA